UUCCGUUAAAUUUUCGACUUGCCGACCUCCUUUCUCUUCGUCUUCUCCAAGCAAUCUCAACGCUUCCUCCCCCAUUCAAAUACUUCACCGUCAAUCCCAAACGAUUUCUUCAGAACCCUUUUUGCAUCUUCUCUUCAAUUCUCUGAAUUCCAAAUUUCCUUUUUGUCUCGUUUUUUUGCCUUCUUUUUCUCUAGUAUUUCUGUAGUUCAUCUUUGUCUGUAUAGUAUUGAAUUUCAUUUUAUUCUAUUUCUAUAUGUAUUCUUUUCCUUUUCACUUUUACAUUCGAUUUUCCUAUCAAUCCAAUUCUUUGUUGUUCAAGUUUUUCACUUUUUCUUUGCUUAUGGGAAAUUUUGUUUGUCUGUAAAGUUGUCUCCUUGAACUUUUAGAUUGCAAGUUUCAUAUUGCUCAAGGUUUCAAUCAGCUUUAAGGAUUUAUUUAUUUAUUAUGGAGCGCUCGUCGAUUCAAUUGGGGAAUACUAAUGGGAUCGCGCAUACUUUAUCUAUGGAGUUACCUUCUGCCAAAUUACCAAAACAUUCAUUAGAUAACGCUGACGAACAAACUGACAGCUUAAGUUCGGGUGUAGAAUCCGUCCAUGAUCAAGAGUUGAUCCUUUCGGAUUCAGAAAGUGGCAGUUCUGGGGCCAAUUCUGGCCAGUUUCCGGGAUUCUGCGACGAAUUGGUUCGACUUUUCGAGGGAGACAGGAUCCACGAUAUUAUCAAACAAAAGUUCCUUUCGGCUUUGGGUUCACUUGGCAACGAAACCACAGUCGUCACUGUUCACAAGAACAGGUACUCUAGCAUUAUUGAACAAGCGAGGAUGCAAUCGUUUCUAAUUUUCACAAAAGCAACUGAGAAGUGCCGUGGCAGUGCCAACGUGAAGUAUGCUUGGUUUGGCGCUACAGUAGAUGAGACAUGCAACAUCAUGAAGAAUGGUUUCGGCCGCCAGAUCAACGACAAUAAUGGAUUAUAUGGCUGUGGCAUCUAUCUUUCUCCCGAUGAUUCUCCUCUUGAAACUGUGAAGAAUUUGAGGGUUGAUGAGGAUGGUCUACGACGUUUGUUACUGUGCCGUGUUAUACUGGGUGCCACGGAGGUAGUGGCUCCUGGUUCUGAGCAGUGCCAUCCGAGUUCUGAGGAGUUUGAUUCGGGGAUAGACAAUUUGUCAUCUCCCAAGAAGUAUAUUGUGUGGAGUAACCGCAUGAACACUCAUAUUUUGCCCGAGUAUGUCGUUAGUUUCAAGGCUCCUUGUUGUUUGAAAGGGUUCUUUAGGAAUCGAGAAUCUGGAAGAGUACCAACUUCACCAUGGAUGCCUUUUCCAGAUCUUAUUACUGCACUUUCGAAGUUCUUGCCUCCCACUACUGUUGGUGUAGUUGCCAACUACCAUAAAGAUCACAGAGAAAAGAAAAUUUCAAGGCAAGAACUAAUACAGCGAGUGAGACUAAUCGUAGGGGACAAGUUGUUGAUUGCUGUAAUCAAAUCCUUUAGAAGUAAGGGUGGAAUUGGAGGUGAAAGACCAAGCAAUUGGAAGCAAAGAAAGGUUCGAAUUGCAGGUGAGAUGAUAUGAAUGAUUAUGGGAGCAGAAACAGCAUAAUUGACUCGAAUAUGCAUGAAUGAAGUAGCAGUUGGUGUUGCAAGUUGACAUCUGGAAGGGGGAUGAGAAAGCUGAUGAAAUCUGACAUAAACUGACAGAUAAUCCAAAACGAAACAGAAAGUUAGGAUCCAGCAGAUGCGAGGGCUAGUUUUAGGGAUCUGGUGGAUUUCAUCUCUUUUUUCUUCUCCUUCUGUAGAUCACUUUGUUUUUGUGCAAUUUGAAAUGUUAUUGUCCGCAAUAUAAAUUAUAAAAUAAUAUUUAUCUGGAUUAAUAGAAUGUAUGAAAAUACAGUAUGUGAUUUACUAAAUUAUUGAUGAGAUUCGUCAGGUAUUGGAACCUAA